UUAUGUCUUAUUCCAAAAAAAAUCGGAUAAUUAGACGACAAAAGAGUGUACUAAAACAAAACUAUAUUCUUCAAUUUAUUUAUGUGGGUCAAAGACCGUGUGGUCACGACCCUCUCUCGAAAAAGUUUACGUAGGAACAACACUCGGUUCACAUAAAAGUAAAGUUUCGUUAGCUUGCGCACUCUUAUUGAGCACUGGACGAGCCACACUCCCAUGCGAGAAAGACACCGCGCGUAGAGCCCAUCUAUCGGACAUUGAUGGUACUACGAGACACCAAGGCUAACAAGACGACAAACAUUGCCAUUGAAAAAAAAAAAAGAAAAUGAAAAAGGGAUGACGAAGUCAAGAGUCGAUAGACAAUGGGAAAUGAAAAAUUUAAAUGCAGAAUAGAAUAUAAGUGAUAAAGGAGAAAUAACGAAGAAAAACUGAAAUAAAAAAAAUAAUAUAAAGGAUUAUUGUCGUGAAAAGGAGCAUCAGGCUAAAAAGUAUUAUGGGGGGUGUUCACAGUGGAAGUCACAGCUUAGGAGAUGCUUUGUGGGUUCACGAAAGGCAACGGCAACGUUGUCACCGGGAGGGUGUAGCUGGCAGCAGUCGUUAUGGCAAACGUGGAAGUGAAGCCUUGGAGACAGCAGAGCAGAAGAAACUCUUAAAGAGAACGAGGAGCUUGGCCCUCAUUGCCGAGGACAACGUGAGAAAGGAACAGGAGUGCCGAUACCUUCGACUAGGGGAGCCCUUCGAUGUCCCUCGCAAAGCUCAGCUUAUCCCCAGAGCAAAGCUAAUAGAUCGCAAUUCACUCAAGGACAGAUUGUCCAGAAGUCAACAACAUCUCUCGGAAUCAUAUAAUUCCGAGAGAUUGAAAGAAUCCUUAAAGACAGAUCGAAAUCCUGUCUCUUGCUUCCGAGAGGAAAAUCGUUUUCGUGAUCACGAUCGUCUGAAUAUCCUCGACUGGCCCGACCAUUUGCGACGAUACCACAGCGUUCAAGUUCUCGACGGCGUCGGGGGCCUCGUCGACAUCGUCGAGGACGAUUGGCCUCUCGAAGAGAACAGAAGCCUCGACUGUAUCUAUACGCAGGUUCGUACGAAACUCAAUUUGUUCAAUUCCCUCAAAUUCUCAUUCUCGACCUUCUCUACCUGCGUUCUUCCAUUCUUUCGCUCUCUCUCUCUCUCUCUCCCCCUCAUUCAAUCACUGUCUCUCUCGCGCGCGCCAGUCGUUUGCUCUCUUACCUCUGUACAGGUGAAGCGGAGGCGCAAGGAGCAGCGCAGGAGUCUGGACAGUAUUCUCUUCGAGGACGACGGCGAGCUCGAAUACUUCGAUGUGCUUGACCUUCUACCUCUCUCAAAGUUUCGUCUCGAGUGCGACGAAAUAGUAACUGGCGCAGCAAGCAGAAGCAUCGACGGCAGCAGUAACGCCAUUACCGGUACUAAUAGGAGGAGCAACAAUACGAACGAGAGUAACAAUGGCACUACAAGCGUGAGCGAAGACACGGAUUUCAAGACAGAUGAACCGGUAGAAGACGAGAUCAGAAGAACAGCAACGACGGAAGAGUACAAGGUACGAGGACAUUGCGACGAGCUGGAAGAACACGAAGAAGAGAGAAAUCGAAAUAGGAAGCCCUUAGAAAGAGUGACGGAGUCGCGGAGGCGAUCUCAAAUGAACAGAUGCGAACUCCGGAGUGAAAUACAAGGAGGAAAUUCGAAGGGUAAGAGAGGACCAGUCGAGGACUGCUCUCCUGCUCCUAGUAUUGCCGUUCUUCUGACUUAUUGCCCCGAAGAAGGAUCCGCUGCCGCGUGUGUUGGGCGGCUGAAGUCGCAGUCGCUGCGCAGAAAGUCCGAAAGAACUGAAAUUGCCGAGGACUUCAAGUCCAUCUGGAUUUCAGAUUCCGAAGAACCAGACGGCGGAGACAUGUCGCGACGGCCACAAGUGCUUAAAAUCAUUGACAAUGCCGUCACCAAACGGAAGCAUCACUCGGUCGAUGCAACAACAGGCACUGCCGAGGGUCGCGAGACAGCGGGAUCCCACCGGUUGAAGAGACAAGAUUUGCCCGAGGUGCCGUCAAAUUGCGACUACUUGAAGAAUGAGGAGAAGGGGGAGAAGGGGGAGGAGGGAGAGGAGGAGGAAAAAGAGGAAAAAGAGGAAAAAGAGGAAAAAGAGGAAACAGAGAAGCUGCAGAAGAAGAAAGCAGAGGAAAAGGGGGAAAAGAUGAACGCGCUGUAUCGAAGCGAGAAGACGAAGCAAAAUGAUGGUAAGCUCGGAAGAAUCAUUAAGGAGACUUCGAACAUUUUCGGGAAGGCAUGUAACGUGGUCAAGGGUAGUCUUGGCUUCGAGGCCAGGUCCGAAAGUUCUGAUCUUGGCUUAGGAUCGGAAAUUGGCAGUGAAACUAGACGACAAUCCAUGGACGAUGGAGUAGAGACAGAGGCGGUUAAUGAUAAAUUUUGUAAACAGUCAAAAUUAAAUGAUGCGAAUGGAAAAGCGCACGAUCGCACGAAUCUCACGAGGUCAUGGAGCUGCGUCGAUUCAAUCGAGUGCCAGGAUGGCGCAGAAUUUAAUCAUAUACGAUAUAAAAUAAUCAAAUCCGAUAUGUUCAGUAAAAACAUGUUUGGCAGCAUGAAUAGGGACGUUGCGUUUGACGGACUCAUGCAAUAUCUCAAACAGUAUUCGUUUCAAGAACUCCUAGUUGACAACAAAGUGGUCAUCAUCGAGCCGGUACGUGCCGAAAGAGUAGAAGAGAAAAUUUUAGCAGGGAAGCCGGGAAAGUCGACGAAGGCUGCGGUCGGGAGCGCGAGAGGCAAAGGGAAAUCGGGAAACUCGGGCAAUCCGACGACGAGUGUGACGAAUGACAAGGUAACGAAGGGCGAUGGAUUUUACGAAGAAGAAAAGAAGAUGCAAUCAGGAAAUCAGCAGUCUUCAUUGAAAAGACACUUUUUUUAUCAUCCAAUUCGUAUUAAUCGAGAGCUCAUCGACGAAGAGCUGCCUGAUCCCGACACAGUAAGGAACGUUCGGAAAAUUUUCGAAAAGAGCCUUGCCAUUAAGGCCCCAGGGGACGAGUACCCUCGUGAAAACCCUCUUUAUGAAAAUAGGCUCCCACCGGGCGGCAAGAGCGUCAGUAUGCACGACCUCAGAAAGAUGGACGAGGAUCGGAAGGACUUGGCGGCUGAAGCCGGCGGCAGUGCCGGCCGGGAAUCGAGGAAGGUGAACAGGGCCAAGAAGCUGAAGAAACUCUUUGAGCACAUGGAAAGGACGUCGAGUAGAUCGGCAGUUAGAUCGACGAUCGGGAAGGAAGAGGAUGCUGCGGAACGGAUCAGGACAGACUCUAAAACAAGAAUUAUUGCUCAAGUGUUCGAAGCCAGAAGUGGAAAUGGCUCUCCAAGCGAACCGACAACCUUGCUGGCCAAAGGCAGGCUCGGACGUGGUCUUCAGAGCUGGGACACCGGUAGCGUCAGCUCAGGAGUCUCGAGCGAUUAUCAAGAUACCGAUCCUGGAAGCGGAUUACGAGGUGCCUCUUCUGGUUCCAGCUCCGAGGGUGAGAUCGAUGUCGAUGACGAUGUCGAUGCCGAUGCCGAAGUCGGGCAGGAGGAUGAAAAUGAGGAAGACCUUUACUAUCAGGACGACGAUAUCUUCGGGAGUACAUCGGGUCACUUUGUUUCCCAGGAUGUUCUCAAGAAAAUACGGGAAUGUGGAACGUCAAUCACGUACUACGGUGGUAAGGUGGUCGAUAUCUCAAGUGGCGCUUCAUUCAUCUCGCCAAUCAGCACUAAGAUUUCAUCCAAGAUUGAUGGCAAAGAGAAAUGCAACGCUCGGGAUUGUGCGGACUUGAUGAAAUUUCGUUUGAUCAAGAGUAACUCGUGUGACAGUAGGCUGGAGCUCACUGGAAGGCUUGGGAACAAAGAUCAUUUGCAGAACAGGGAUUCCGAUCUCGGAGCUUGUCCGAGCGUCAAAAGUUCAGGAACUGUAGGUAGCGAUGCAAAGUCGCCUGCGCCCACGCAGACGCCUAUUCCGAUGCCCAUGACAAUUCCUCACCGCCGAGAACCACCGAUUGUAAUUGGCCUCGAGCCCAAACGGGAGGAGAAACGCACACGCAACCCCGAGAAACCCGAGAAACCCGAGAAACCCGAGACAACGGAAGGCAGCACUGACGAGGUGGAACGUAAGGAACGAGGGCCAGAAAUGCGACAGCGAACGGAAUUUAUUCUUGACGAUUUCGAUGAUCCAGAGUCAAGACGGUCAGAAGGUCCAUCGUGCGUCAACAGAUUCAAGGAGAGUGGGUUAACUCGCUGGCAACGCAACGAGCGAGUAUCCUCGCGAUCCAGCGACUUCGGCAACAUGGAUUUCGAAGAAUUUGAGGUCCUCGAUGACAGCCUCAAUGCGGAGGUCCUUCAUAAAGACCCAGAGAACCUCUCUUAGCUCAGGAUAAACCAACGAAUUAAAGCCUUGACACUCAAUGGCUCGAUCAUGACAUCUGCAACAUUGCAACCACUUGCUCCCGUUUCGCAGAUCACUUCGACGUGCUCGUUUUCUUACUUUACGAAUUUUCAAUGUGGAGUCUAAUUUAUAACCUAUCGUAUGUUUGUCCUCCUCUUAAUAAAGCUAGAGUAGCUCGAAAUAUUAACUUA